CAAUUUUCAUGCAUGAAAUGGAAUAUUGGAUGUAUAUAUAAAAAUAAUAAUAAAAGUUGGAUUUUUUUUUCUUCUUUAAUGUGAUACACAUAGAUAGUUGGCUUUAGUAUGUAUCUGGUGCGUGUGUGUGUUUAAAUUCAAUAAGAGACUAAGUUGAAGACUUGAAGCCAUGAGAUGAAUCACUUAUCUCUUGACACUGAAGAUUCUCUUGCAAGCUUGCUGCUGGAGCUUGCAGCCAACAACGAUGUUUCGGGUUUCAAAAGAUUAAUCGAGUGUGAACCUUCCUCCAUAGACGAGGUUGGGUUGUGGUAUGGCCGCCACAAAGAGUCAAAGAAGAUGGUCAACGAGCAAAGAACUCCUUUGAUGGUUGCUGCCACCUACGGUAGCAUUGAUGUCAUGACGUUGAUUCUUUCUCUAUCAGAAGCUGAUGUGAACCGAUCAUCUGGCCUUGACAAAAGCACUGCACUUCACUGUGCAGCUUCAGGUGGGUCUGAAAACGCCGUCGAUGCUGUGAAACUGCUUCUAGAAGCAGGCGCUGAUCGGAAUUCUGUUGAUGCCAAUGGUCGCCGACCCGGGGAUGUUAUUGUUUCUCCACCGAAGCUUGAUUAUGUGAAGAAGAGUCUGGAAGAGCUUCUUGGAAGCGAUGAUUGGAGUCUCCUUAGGGUGAUGAGGAGCACAUGCAAUGGGUGUUCAGCGGAAGAUUUGAAGAUGAAGACAAAUGAAGUGAGUGAGAAGAAAGAGUACCCUGUUGAUCUGUCCCUUCCGGACAUAAAGAACAGCAUAUACUCAAGCGAUGAGUUUCGAAUGUACUCGUUCAAGGUUCGACCUUGUUCGAGGGCUUAUUCACACGAUUGGACUGAAUGCCCCUUUGUUCAUCCAGGGGAAAAUGCCCGAAGAAGGGACCCGAGAAAGUUCCAUUAUAGUUGUGUACCUUGUCCUGAAUUUCGAAAGGGUGCUUGCAGGAGAGGGGAUAUGUGUGAGUAUGCUCAUGGGGUUUUUGAGUGCUGGCUGCACCCUGCACAAUAUAGAACCCGGCUUUGCAAGGAUGGGACUAAUUGUGCAAGAAGAGUUUGCUUCUUUGCCCACACCAAUGAAGAGCUUAGACCGCUCUAUGUUUCAACCGGUUCUGCUGUUCCUUCUCCCCGUUCCAGUGCCUCCUCUGCUAUGGAUUUUGUUGCAGCCAUCUCUCCUUCCUCUAUGUCGGUCAUGUCUCCCUCGCCGUUCACUCCGCCCAUGUCGCCUUCCAGUGCUUCAAUUGCUUGGCCUCAGCCUAACAUCCCAGCAUUGCAUCUUCCAGGAAGUAAUUUUCAUUCCAGUAGAUUGAGAUCUUCACUCAAUGCUAGAGAUUUUUCUGUGGAUGAUUUUGAUUUGUUAUUACCUGAUUAUGAUCAUCAUCAUCAUCAGCAGCAGCAGCAGCAACAGUUCCUUAAUGAGUUAUCAUGCCUAUCUCCACAUGCUAUGAAUUGUAAUACCAUGAACCGCUCUGGUCGAAUGAAACCCUUGACUCCUUCAAAUCUUGAUGAUCUGUUUUCAGCUGAGAGUUCUUCUCCUAGAUAUGCUGAUCCAGCAUUGGCUUCAGCUGUAUUUUCUCCAACUCACAAAUCAGCUGUCUUCAAUCAAUUUCAGCACCAGCAAAGCAUGUUGGCACCCCUGAAUACUAAUUUUGCCUCUAAAAAUUUUGAGCAUCCUUUAUUGCAGGCCUCGUUGGGAAUGUCUCCGCGAAAUGUCGAACCUAUUUCUCCAAUGGGUUCUAGGAUUUCUAUGCUAGCUCAGCGCGAGAAGCAACAAUUUCGCAGCUUAAGCUUCCAAGAACUCGGCUCCAACUCUGCUGCUGCCUCUGCCGAUUCUUGGUCAAAAUGGGGAUCACCUAAUGUUAAAUUGGAUUGGCCAGUUGGUGCUGGUGAAGUUGGUAAGCUAAGAAGGUCAUCAUCAUUUGAGCUUGGGAACAAUGGUGAGGAGCCUGAUUUAUCUUGGGUGCAGUCACUUGUUAAGGAAUCACCAGCUGAAGUUAAAGAUAAAUUGGCAACCACUGUCUCAUAUGUUGCAGCAGCAGCUGCUGGAUCCUCCAGUGAGGGAUCAAACAUUAGCACGCAAAUGGAGUCUGUUGUUGAUCAUGCUGUACUGGGAGCAUGGCUUGAACAGAUGCAGCUUGAUCAUCUUGUGGCUCAGCAAAACUGAAAUGAGUUUCUGCUGACCCUGAGGUAGUUAACAACAGAAAUGUUUCAGUAAAUAAUAAUCAUAUAUAUUCGUUUAUGAAUUUUGUUGAUGGAAGAAGGUUACAGUAACUAAGAAAGGAAGCAGUACUAAGAAAAAGAACCACAUCACUGAGCAAAAUUCAUUUUGAGGUUUAGUGUUGCAAAAGUAACUUAGAAGGGUCAGGAAACCACUGGGUGGCGUUCACAGAAUUAAUGCCAGUGAAGGGUUUUUUGGCUGCCUAUCUCUUCAAAUUUUAGGUCCACAUUCCUGUCAAUUUUUCCUUCCUUGAGGAGCAAAUGUUGUAUCACAAUGAAGUCCUAUUCCUAAGUUUGAUCUAUCUUUUGAUUUUGUUUCUUUAUAUUUUGGGGUAGAAACCAAAGUUACAGAAGGGUCAUUGGAGUAAUUCCUUGUGUCUCUAUUUUGUUCCAAUUUUGGGGAUGAAAACACAGGUUGCUGGAUAGUAUAUGGUAUUUCUUUUGUAAUCUGGAAUCAAUAAUUGUCGAUGCCAGGGAGUGGGUAAAUUAGGAAUAUUUGAACAUUGAUCCUUUGGGCAUGUAACAUUCAAUUGAAGUUUAUUGCUAUAUUGUUUUUAAUACCUAUGUCUCUAUUCU